GACCGGGCAGUAUGAGGAAUGUCACAUGUGACUGUCGGUAUGGAACAGGGGACCAUUCAAAUGUCAGAUGACCGGUCCCUGCAGUCCACAUACGUGUUGAUGCCACUCCAGUUACAUAACAGAUAUCAUCCUUGAAAAUCAAUUGCAAAAGGAAGUGACAUCGGAUUCAUGGAGUCACUUGAAACUACUGCAGGGGUGAAAAGCUCUACCGAGGGUCAGGACAGAAACGUUGCACCGAAAAGAGACACACCAGAGGCUGCACAGACUCAAAAAAGGCCGCUGGUUGAAUCAGAAGGCAAAACACGGCACCAUCAGAGCAAAGACACGUGUGAUUUAAGUGAAACGUCCGGCUCAGAAAAAGCUCUGCAAUUAGAGGAUCAGCUGUCCCAAACCCAGCCCUCUAAUGGCAGACACAAGGUUUCAGCACAGACACCAGGACAAGCAACCCAGAAGAAGUGCUCAACUUCACUUGAGCAGCAGUGCACUCACCCAGGAACAAAUCAACUGACAGAGGUGAUGUCUAAGGUGGAUCUGAAACCACCAAAACCAGGGAAGUAUGUCUGUGAUUAUUGUGGAAGGGCAUGUGCCAAGCCCAGCGUUCUUAAGAAACAUAUUCGAUCACACACCGGGGAACGGCCCUAUCCAUGUGUCCCCUGUGGGUUCUCCUUCAAAACCAAGAGUAACCUGUACAAACACAGGAAGUCCCAUGCUCACUCUGUCAAAGCUGGAUCAGUGCCAUGCUCAGAGCUUGGGUCUUACAAUGCCAAUACCGAACAGGGGUCUUUUGAAGGGGAAGGAGAAUUAUUCUCCGACGCUGAGCAAAGCACGGACACAGACGAGGACACACUUAAUGACCCGCUGCUGCUGCUGGACUCGCCGAUGGAGGGAUCAGAUAACACUGCUGUAAAAGUCCUAAAUCUCAUUGCUCAGAAAAAGAGAACCACGUCAAUGUCAGCUCAGGAUGGUUCUUCCCAAGCCCAAGAAAUCAAUGCAUCUUCUGUCACGGCUGAGGCUAGUCGUGCAAUUCAAUCUUCCACAAUCAAGCAGAAGCUCGCCCUCCGACUGUCUGAAAAAAGAAGCAGCGACUCGGAGCAUAAUCUGUCACUCCCGAGUCAAUCCAGCAAGGGCAGCACAGACUCCGGCUAUUUCUCACGCUCAGAGAGUUCCGAGCACCAAACCAGCCCUCCAAACACCAAUGCCAAGUCCUACCAAGAGAUCAUGUUUGGAAAAUGCUAUCGUCCAAGUCCCAAGCAGACCUCAGCCUAUGUGGCUUGUGCAGAAUCAGACAAGCAUGCUGGGAAAUGCUCAGAGAAAGGUGUGUCCCGCGUUUUCACUCAAGAAAAAGACACAGUCGAGUCGAUCAGAAUAAACACAAAAUCAUCCAGCAGAGAAGAGGUUAAAGAGUCACUUUUGGAAUCCAGCUCUGACACAGGACCUCUGAUCAGAAGCAACUCUAUGCCAACGUCAUCCGCCGUGUGUCUGAGUAUGCCACAGGCCCUCCGAGGCAGCCACUCGUUUGAUGAAAGAACAAGCACAGGCGGUUUGAGGAAACUCAAGCGGCAGGGGGCCAUUGAACUUUCUGUGCAUGAUGGCCACACAGAUGCUGAGAGCCAUGGGAAGAGUUCAGUUUCAGGACAGGAAGUGGAAAACUACUCCUCAAUGGUGCCUAGUAUGAGCCAACAGAAACAUGCGAUGGAUCUGGCGACACGGAAACGUCGCAAAGAGAAGAGAGAAGAAGAGGACCUGGCGGGUCAGUACGGGGGUCAUCACGAACCGUGCGAGGACAUGUUUGACUCAAGCAAAGACUAUGACAUUAAACAAGCUGCAAUGGGCAUUAUGGCUUUAGGGAGAGGACAGUUGGACAGGUGCAAUAUGGACGUAUCAAUGAGCUCUGAAACGUCAGGACGAAAAACUUUAGGGAAUGUAAUUUCAGUUAUUCAGCACACAAACUCAAUCAACAGGCCUCACCCCGAGCAGAGGUUGGAGACUCUGUCUUCGUUUCAAGCAGCGGAGGCGAGUGUGUCUUUUGAAAUGGAAUGUGAUGGUAGAUUAAGGCAGUCAGCUCAGCUCGGGCCUAAACUUGUGCGACAGUCGAACAUACAAGUCCCAGAAAUCAGAGUCACGGUUGAACCCGACAGUCCAGAAAAAGCUCUGGAAGUGCAAGCAAAGGAACUGGAAAAGCACACAGAGGAGUUUCAGUGGCCUCAAAGGAGUGAAACUUUAGCACAAUUCCCACCAGAGAAACUCCCUCCGAAGAAGAAAAGGCUUCGCUUGGCUGAAAUCGAGCACUCCUCCGGGGAAUCGAGCUUCGAGUCUGCCUGCACUAGUCUCUCACGCAGCCCGAGUCAGGACAGCAACUUAUCUUACAGUUCCACUUUCUCCUUUGACAGAGAGGAGAGCUUAAAAUCAGCCUCUCCAGUCAGGCAGGAUGAAUUUGGCAAACCGCUGGAGCUUUUAGCUGUGCCAGGGAGUGGGCACUCCCUCUCUGUGCUCCACCAGCGGCAGCAGCAUGAAAUGAGACGCUCCUCCUCGGAGCAGGCACCAUGCAACUUGCGCAGGGAGUUCCCAGAGGUACGCAGCGUAUCGUUUGACUAUGGCAGCCUUUCUCCAACAUCCAAAGUUAGACAUGUGGACAUUAGUUCUGCGAAGGAGAGAAGGAGGGGGAACUUGGUGAGACAGGAGUCACUGAUUAUGGACACUGAAGUAACACAAGUGUUUGCACCGUACCUCAGCAGCACCCCCUCUCUGUUUGCAGCUCCCGUCGUUCUGCCACAGACUCUGCCAAUGUUUUCCAGCGGGAAUACAUUGCCCCAGAUACCAUACACAAGCCUUGUAGUUCCUGUUAGAAUCCAAACUAAUGUGCCAUCCUUUGGCAGCAUCAUGUACACCUCUUUAUCACAGAUUUUUGACAAUCAGUAUGACGGUGUUGGCUCCUCUAUAUCUGCCCUAAAGAGUCAAACUUCACGUUUGUCUGUAAAUCUUGAUUCUCAUGCAAAACCGCCUACAGCUCACACACUGAACGUGGAAGCCCUGGAUUUGUCAUCAGCUAAGUUAAAGACGGGCAUCCCUCUGUCUCUGACCUCCAGGACCAUAUCGACCACGAACGCCUCCAGCGGUGGCACGAACAAGCGGAUGCUCUCUCCGGCCAGCAGCUUGGACCAGUUCAUGGAGGUUAAGCAGCAAAAGAGGGUGAAGGAGGAGAGAAUUUUUGGGCAAAUAGUUGAGGAGCUAAGUGCUGUGGAGCUGGGGAAAUGCCACCUAAGUGAGGAGAUGCAGGGCGACCCAUGCAGGAGCAUGGCUGCUGAUGAAAUUGCCAUGGAAAGCAGCUCCCUGGAGGCGAGCUCGCCUGUGAUGCCAUCCACCGAAACGAACAAACUCGUGCAGAUGGACACGUUGGCGCAGCUGGCCACACGUCAAGACACCCAUCCACAGCUCCUCUCUCAGUUUCCUCGACUUCGCACGACGACGGGCGUGAGCUGGUGUUUCCUUAACUACACCAAGCCCACAUGCUCCCACAGCACCGCACCGUUCACCUCAGUGUACGCCGCCUGGUGCGUCACUUCCCACAAUCCCAAUCCUCUGGAGCUGAGCACGAGCGCGGCGCUGGCUCUGCUGCGCUCCAGACAAAGGGGGGAUAAGGUUAUUUACACCCUGGCUGCCAUGUGUCAGCCUGGCACGGGAAAGCUGGUCUCAUCCCUCAUCCUUUGGAGACAGACCGUGGAGCAGCUGCAGAGGAAACCGGAGCCGAAGGAGGUGGACGUCGCCUAUGGCAAAAAGGUGAAAGACAACAGCUGCCGAGCCAAAACCGCGAAGGAGGAGUGGAAAGAGAGGGAGGCCUCCAAGAACCAAAUGGUGCCAACACGAAUUAAAGUCUUCGAGGGAGGGUAUAAGUCCAACGAGGACUACGUGUACGUCCGAGGUCGAGGCCGGGGGAAGUACAUUUGCGAGGAGUGUGGAAUCCGCUGUAAAAAACCAAGCAUGCUGAAAAAACACAUCCGGACGCACACCGACGUGCGACCGUACGUCUGUAGGGUCUGCAACUUCGCUUUCAAAACUAAAGGAAACCUGACUAAACACAUGAAGUCCAAGGCACACAUGAAGAAAUGUCUUGAACUGGGCGUGUCGGUGACGAUGGACGACACGGAGAUCCAGGAGCACGUGGACAACAUGCAACACGAGUCCAAGGCAGAGGUGGCUGCAGCGACCAAACACCAGUUCUCAGACGCCGAGGACUCCGACGGUAUGGAUGAGGAAGCUGAUGAAAUAGAUGAAGAUGAUGAUGAGGAUGAAGAGUACGAGGAGGACUCCACCCCAAAGCUGCAUUCAAGAAGUUUGAGUCCUCAGCCAUGUGGAGUUACCUCAGUGUCGUCUCCCAUCCACGGUUGCCCGUUAAGCACUUUGCCCGGAGCUGACGAGCACCAGCAGUUCUCCGGGAAACGUCCGGGUCCAGACCCCCGAGCUGCCCCUCCCACAGAACAGAGAGACAAGUUUGUGGAUGAAGACUCUCUGACCAUGCUGCCUCUGGACCAGACCAGCCUCCUCUUCGAUCCUUACUCUUCUUGCCUACUGUCUCCUGGUUGGGAGUCUCCCAUCAGGGAGCCCUCCCCUUCACGUCUGCGUUAUCCAUCUCCAAGGCGGGAGCUCUCUCCAAGAGGUCGGUCGUCUCCGAGGUGGGACACUUCUCCCCUGAGGCCUGGGUCUCCAAGUUUCAAAUCCAUCCAGCACCCGUCCCCUGUGUCGAUGGAGCGACCUGUGUCUCCUGGGACAGAGCUCAGUGGAAAGAGAGAGUCCUCGGUGAGGGGCAGGCAGAGGGUGGUGCUGAGGGCCGUGUCGCCACGCCGGGGCUCGCACCAACACAAAGGCAGCUGUGACAAAACUCGACACCAAGCGAAGAUGGAGAUGUCCCUGCAACAAGGAGCUUUUGAAACGGAUCAAAGGAGCAGCUUGGCCUCGGUGCCGCCCGCUGGUUCUCCUCAACAGAACGUUCUCAGCCACCUCCCACUCCACUCCCAGCAGCAGGUUCGCUCUCUGCUCCCCAUCGUCCCCGUCGGGGGGCUCCAGGUGCUGCACUCCCCGCCUUCCCCCGCCGCUGACGCCAGCCCGUCCUCGGCGCAGAGCCCUCAGAGUAGCGAGGGCCUGGAGACGGGAGGCGAGGACGGUGGUGACCAUCAGGAGAACCCUGCUCCUCCUGUGAGAGACAGCAGACAGGAGGAGAGCGUCCAGACCUGCCUGAAAGCCAUCGCCUCGCUUACAAUCACCGCCGAGCCUCAUUAAACUCCUCCACCGUUCGGUUCAGACGUCUCGCUGCACCUGCAA